AAACCAAAGGAAGCCUUCCAGCAACAUCUACAGAAACCAGAGAAUUCUCCGGGCUUUGUGUCCAGGAGAAUAUUGUCAUGUGGUCCUGUGCCUGUCCCCUCAGAGGGAGCCCUAGGAUAAAGGUGUAACAGAGUGUCUUGGACCAUCUUGAUCACACUGUUUGAGUUGACAGAUUCUCAUAUGAAGAAGAUUUAGGACCAAAUUUGUGGAGAUGGUGCAAAUGUGAUUGUGUACAAAAUGAGUAGUCAGCUGAAGGAGUGAUGGAGAGAGAUGGACACAGACGGCUCUGAGGAGCUUCCAUCAAGAGGAGGUGUCCAGAGGGGCAGGCUGCAGACACACUUUGAAGAAAGGAUGGAGGUGGUUAAAGAUAUGCUGACUACACAGACUCUGCCUUCUCCAUGUUUCCGUAGCCAGAGACAUGACCUGACACCUUGAUGACCAGUCUCAGGGCCCUUGGGUGACUGGCUGGUGCACCAUGGAACUUAAAGUAUGGGUGGAUGGAGUUCAGAGGAUUGUGUGUGGGGUCACCGAAGUCACAACUUGCCAGGAGGUUGUAAUAGCCUUAGCUCAAGCGAUAGGUCGAACUGGAAGGUACACUCUUAUAGAAAAAUGGAGAGAUACUGAAAGACACUUAGCGCCUCAUGAAAAUCCUAUCAUAUCCUUAAACAAAUGGGGGCAGUAUGCUAGUGAUGUACAGCUGAUUCUACGUCGAACAGGGCCAUCUCUCAGUGAGCGACCCACUUCAGAUAGUGUGGCUCGAAUUCCUGAAAGAACUUUAUAUAGGCAGAGUUUGCCUCCCUUAGCCAAACUGAGGCCUCAGAUUGACAAAUCCAUCAAAAGAAGAGAACCUAAAAGGAAAUCAUUAACAUUUACAGGAGGUGCCAAAGGAUUAAUGGACAUUUUCGGGAAAGGUAAAGAAACUGAAUUUAAGCAAAAGGUGCUGAAUAACUGCAAAACAACAGCAGAUGAGUUAAAGAAGCUGAUCCAUUUGCAGACAGAAAAGCUUCAAUCCAUUGAGAAAGAGCUAGAAUCAAGUGAAAUAGAAAUACGAUUUUGGGAGAAAAAAUAUAACUCUAACCUUGAAGAGGAAAUUGUCCGCCUGGAGCAAAAGAUCAAAAGAAAUGAUGUAGAAAUUGAAGAGGAAGAAUUUUGGGAAAAUGAAUUGCAGAUUGAACAGGAAAAUGAAAAACAGCUGAAGGAUCAACUUCAAGAAAUAAGACAGAAAAUAACAGAAUGUGAGAGCAAAUUAAAGGACUAUUUGGCUCAGAUCCAGACAAUGGAAAGUGGUCUCGAAGCAGAAAAAUUGCAACGGGAAGUUCAGGAGGCACAAGUCAAUGAAGAAGAGGUUAAAGGAAAGAUUGGUAAAGUCAAAGGGGAAAUUGACAUUCAAGGCCAGCAGAGUCUGAGGCUGGAAAAUGGCAUCAAAGCUGUGGAAAGAUCUCUUGGACAAGCCACCAAACGAUUACAGGACAAAGAACAAGAACUGGAGCAGUUGACUAAAGAGCUGCGGCAAGUCAAUCUCCAGCAGUUCAUCCAGCAGACGGGGACAAAGGUUACUGUUUUGCCAGCAGAGCCCAUUGAAGUAGAGGCCUCACAUGCAGACAUAGAAAGGGAGGCACCAUUCCAGUCUGGGUCCCUGAAGCGGCCUGGUUCAUCUCGGCAGCUCCCCAGUAAUCUUCGUAUUCUACAGAAUCCUAUCUCAUCUGGAUUUAAUCCUGAAGGCAUAUAUGUAUAACAUUAUCUGUGUUUAGGGGAGAGACCCACUAAAGGUACCAAGGACAGUAAAAAUUCCUUCUUUGAUUUGUGCCAAUGAUGAACAGAGGAUAUAUUUCAUAGCCACCGUAUCUUUUUUCUGUCCUAAAUUGCAUACCACUUGGAGCCAUACCCUGUGCACUGAGGCUAAAGAACAAAGAAACUGUGUUUUCACACAUCAACAGUGUUGACCUUUUUGUCCAGCAGCUGUAAUGCAAAGCCUUCAUUUUUAUGUGUAGCAUUUUGAAAGCAUUAGGGAAGUAUUAUACUGUGUGUAUACAUAAAUAAAACCGUGACUUCAGGGUGAGGAGAAAUAUGUGACUGGCUUAGUUUAAUUUAUUCCACGUAAUCGAUUAAUGUGUGAAUGUUGAUGUUUUAAUAGUUUUUAUUAAUACUUAUCCUGUGACUGAAUUACAUUACAUACUGUGUGAUUAUGACUUUGUGUGCAUGUUGCCAGACUCCAUCUGUACGUUGCUGAUUUACUACACAAGUGUCAUAGGGUGCUCCGCCAUCGAAAUUGACUCCAGAAGAACCCACUUGCGUUUAUUUUGUGAACGUGUCCUAGCCAUUGCUUAAUUAGGUGAAAUGAUUCAGGUUUUCUUUUUAAUCUGGAGUUGAAUCUUUUCUUUACAAUAUUUCCAGUAUACCAAUGGCCACAUACCAGAACAGAAAUAUUUUCAUGAGGUAAAUUGUAUGUUUAAAAGAUAUGCAGUGCUUCAGACACUGUUGAACAAAAAUGUCAUUCUUGAAGAUCUAUUCAAAUAGGCAUGGGUUUCCUGAUACAUUAGGUAUUUUGUUUCUGCCCUUACUUAUCAUUUUAAUCUCAUGGAUCCUCAGAGUUUCCAUAAUACAUAAGUUAGAGAUAUCUGAGGACCAGGUUGGUGUACUUCAGGAAGGUUACUUUAAGUGAUAUAUUUUUAAAAUAACCCACUUCAUAUGUAUAGUCUAUUGGUAUUGCUUGCACAUAAUUUACUCUGUACAUUCUGGACUAUUGCAAUUUCUCCAGUCACUUAGAUGGAGAGAAAGUAUAUUGGAGUUCAUUACUUUUUACCAAGGAAAUAAAUUCAAUGUUUGUUUUCAUUUUUGAGCUUGACUUUUACAGGACAUUAAUCUCCAUUUGUACAUAUAUUUUAUUAUUUAUAAAACAAAAAAUGAGUCAACACCCCUCCUAGUGAGUAGUGACUUAACUAAGAUUCACAAGUAAUAUCUAGGUGGAUGUGGUCAAAUACCUCUUAGCCAUUUUUACAUUCCCUCUGAUCAAAAUUUGGUACAAUAUAAUUAAGACUUUAAUCUGAAAUUUAAAGUAGUUUUUAAUUCUGAGGAAAAUACAUUCUUUGUAUUAUUUACAUGCAACAAAGUAAAAGUGGAUUUAGUAUAUUAAUGCCAUGGUAACAAUAAAAAGAUGUAAGUUGUAUCUUAUGCAUGAGGGCAACUUUGGAUGUUUUAACACAUUUGACUUAUUUUUGGUUUAAUGAAUGCUGAGAAUGCUGCUAUGUUUAGGUUUCCAAUGAAAAAUUGUAAGAAUGGCUAUGAAAAUAUGUAGAAGCUUCUAGAAUACUGAAAGUAAUAAUGCAGAGUUGCCUUUUCUAGUCCAGCUAAAUGGCAGACCUCAACUAAAGAUAUUUUAUUCUUUGGGUUUUUGGAGUUAUCGAGUUGACCUUGCCAUUAUACUAUUUUGCAGAUAACUUGAGAAAUAAAUGAGUCUUACCUAAAUAGCCACAAUCUAUACACAUUUGCUCUCAAUUUAUAAUGGUUAUUUCAUAUCUACAUCUAUUUAAAAAUUAGUAGAAAAAAAUCAAAAUAAUUUGUAGAUUUUGUGACAAUAAUGAUUUAUGUAUGCCCAGUAUAUGCCUUAUUUUUAAAGGGUUCCAUCCUAUACUAAGAGUCAUUUUGUUAUUGUUCAGAGAAAUUGAGAUCUUAUUCACAAAGAAAAACAUUUUUAUAAAUUGAUUACAUUCUAUUUAAAUCAAAAUGUUAAACUGAAGAUAUAUUAAACUUCGCAAUUUUUAAUUGCAAUGAUACCUUUGCAAGCCAUGAAAAACACAAAGUCAAUAUCCAACUUAAUUGUUGUAAAUUAUUAUCAGCAUUAACCUAAUAACUUUAAAGAAAGACUGGCAGCAUUCUGACAAUUUCAUUUGAAUUUUCCAGCUGCCAGAUAAUUUUCACAGACCUAAUUACAGAUAUAGAUACUAUUUCCUAGAUGAGAAGAAUAUAUAAAUGUGAAUUUGAUGAAUACAUUGAGCAGCUGUACUUUUUAAUCAGUUAUAUUCCUUUUGGAAGUAUAUCUCUAAGAAAUAUUUUCUAAGUCUUUUUUUAAAAUAGAGGAAAGAAAACACAUUUCCCUAGAACAUCUUAAGAAUAUUUUAGUCUAUUCCUAAUCAUUUUUAUCAAUUGUGAAUACAAAUGAGUUAAAUGAAGUGCCACAUCUUUGGAUACAUUUCAGAGCGGGGAGCAGGCAAUGGUAUACAAAAAUACCAAAUGUAAAAUUUUGCAUCUGGGGGAGUAUUCAGGUUCUAAAUACUAAAUUAGAUUACAAAUUUUUUUAUUACUAUACUGCAAGUUGUUUUAUUGUGAUUUUCUACAAGUAUUAAAUACAUUAGAAGAUAAAUUUUUUUUCUUACCAAGAAAUAAUUUGAAAUAGCAUUGCUCUAUUUGACCAUUUUGAGUGUUUAUCAUCCUCAGAGAAUGAUCCAUAGUGGGUUGCCUCAGUCCUUUUGUUCUUAUGAGGUAUUUUGGUUGUUAGCAUUUUUUCGUCCUGAUGCACGGGGAAUUUAUUUGUGAGACUUCGGCUGGUAUUCACAGGAGUUACUCAUUUAAUUCCCUCAGCCAUCACUGAACCAAUCAUCAUUUCCCAUAGUUUAAAUUAAUUGUAAACUAGAGCUAAAACAAGACUAAUACCAUAAAAAUAUAGAAUUUAUGGUGAGAAGUGUGAAUUUUAACAGUGUUUAAGAAUAACAAAUAAGCUCUUGCUUCCAGAGCAAAUUUUGUACCUGCAUUAAAAGAAAAUGUUCUUUGUGAAUAAGGGCAAAACGGUCUUUAGAAAAAAGAAACUUCAUUUAAAGCCAUUUCUGUGAACAUCUUUCCAAGUUAGAACUAUAAGAAUGGAUUGAGGAAAUAAUAUGGAAAAGGCAAACACUCUUGAUUUCAGGUGUGCAAAGGGCAUGGGCAGAUGGGCAGUUCCCUGUGUGCAUUGCCUUUGAAAAACUGGGCCUUAAUUUAUAUGUAAAUAACAGUGCUGUGUUCACAUCCCUCUUCUACCUAAAGUUGUCUUUAUUAGUCUACAUUGUAUUAAAAUUUAGCUCAUAAGUAUUACUUUUAUAUUAUGUCAAUUUUUUUAAGUUGCAUGUUUAUGCUAUUUGCUACAGUAUUUUUAAGUUUUGGGUGAAGGCCAUCAGCUGUAUGGAGAAGACAAAACAAUCACUAUUUAUUCAGUAUUGCUGCUUUACUUUUCCAGAAUAAGCUUUCGAUGCCAGGACAGUGACUGCUUGAAAGCUGCAGGAGCUCUAUUCCAAUGCAUUUUAUAUAUUUUUAGAAACCAAAUAAAUGCAGAUAACUAUUUAGUAUACUAAUUAUAUUAAACCAGCAGAAAUAUAAAGGCAAUAAAGUAUAUACAUAUAUAUAUAUGGGGGGAAGGGAAAGAUUAAAAAAUAGGUUUACAGCCAGACAUGGUGACAGCCCUAAAUGUAUUUCUCAAUCUGUCUUUCUUUAUUGACCCAAGGAGGAUUUGAGUUGCUGCAGCUUUAAACAGAAAAUUGCCACGUUCACUAAUUGUGGGCACAUAAAUAUGCUUUUAGUACUGCUUUGCUUAUGUACAAAUAAAAUAUCUGUAAUCUGUAUUAUAUGUAAUUAUUCUUUUCUUUUGACUUUCAUUUCAAAAUGUAUAUUUUCUGAUUAUUAUCAUGAGUUGUAAAACAAAGGUAUCUGAUAUUAUCCCAAAUAAUAAAUUUUCAGGAUUCAUUGGGGCAUUACAAA